CCGCUGCUGCUGUCACAGAAGGCUCUGGGAGUGGGGCGGGUGGAAGGCGGGGAGGCGCCGCGGGCGCAGCCGACAUGGGCCCUCCGCCGCCACCGCCGCCGCUGUGAGCAGCGCCUCUCCCGCGGGGCGGCCGGCGUGGGCGGCGGGGCGCGGGGCUUCCAGGACGGACGGCCGCGCCCCGACAUGUAACCAUGGACUGCAGGACCAAGGCCAAUCCAGAAAGAACCUUUGAUUUGGUAUUGAAAGUAAAAUGUCAUGCUUCUGAAAAUGAAGAUCCUGUGGUCUUGUGGAAAUUCCCAGAGGACUUUGGAGACCAGGAGGUACUACAGACCGUGCCAAAGUUCUGUUUCCCUUUUGACGUUGAAAGGGUAUCUCAAAAUCAAGUUGGACAGCACUUUACCUUUGUACUGACAGACAUUGAAAGUAAACAGAGAUUUGGAUUCUGCAGACUCACAUCAGGAGGCAAAAUUUGUUUAUGCAUCCUUAGUUACCUGCCAUGGUUUGAAGUGUAUUAUAAGCUUCUAAAUACUCUGGCAGAUUACUUGACUAAGGAACUGGAAAAUGAUUUGAAUGAAACUCUCAAAUCACUGUAUAACCAUCCAGUACCAAAGGCAAAUACCCCUGUCAAUUUGAGUGUGAACCAAGAAAUAUUUAUUGCCAGUGAACAAGUUGUGAAAGAUCAGCUCUAUGUAGUACCGCAUUCCUACUUCAUUGCCCCUGAUGUAACUGGACUCCCAACAAUACCUGAGAGUAGAAAUCUCACAGAGUACUUUGUUGCUGUGGAUGUGAACAAUAUGCUGCAACUGUAUGCCAGCAUGCUGCACGAACGGCGUAUCGUCAUUACCUCUAGCAAAUUAAGCACUUUAACUGCCUGUCUCCAUGGAUCAGCUGCUCUUCUAUACCCCAUGUACUGGCAACAUAUAUACAUCCCAGUGCUUCCUCCACACCUGCUGGACUACUGCUGUGCCCCAAUGCCAUACCUGAUUGGAAUACACUCCAGCCUAAUAGAGAGAGUGAGAAACAAAUCAUUGGAGGAUGUGGUGAUGUUAAAUGUUGAUACAAACACUUUAGAGUCACCAUUUAAUGACUUGUACAACCUACCAAGUGAUGUGGUCUCAGCCUUGAAAAAUAAACUGAAGAAGCAGUCUACGGCUACCGGUGAUGGAGUAGCUAGGGCCUUUCUGAGGGCACAGGCUGCUUUGUUUGGAUCCUACAGAGAUGCACUGAGAUACAAACCUGGUGAGCCCAUCACUUUCUGCGAGGAGAGUUUUGUAAAGCACCGCUCAAGUGUGAUGAAACAGUUCUUGGAAACUGCAGUUAACCUCCAACUAUUUAAGCAGUUUAUUGAUGGUCGACUGGCAAAACUAAAUGCAGGAAGAGGUUUCUCUGAUAUAUUUGAAGAAGAGAUCACUUCAGGUGGCUUUUCUGGAGGAAACCCGAGGUCAUAUCAACAAUGGGUGCAUACAGUCAAGAAAGGAGGGGGUGCACUAUUCAACACAGCAAUGACCAAAGCAACUCCUGCUGUAAGGACAGCAUACAAAUUUGCAAAAAGUCAUGCAAAGCUGAGACUAAGGGAAGUGCGGAGUAAGUUAAAACACAAGGAAAAUGAGGAAGAUUAUGGGACCUGUUCUGGGUCUGUACAAUAUACACCAGUUUACAUGUUACAUAAUGAAAAGGAAGCAAAUGAAAAGUAUAAGCUUGCCCCGGCCCGCUUAAAAAGACCUCUUAAGAGCCUCGAUGGUGCUCUGAAUAAUGAUGAUGAUGAUGACAAUGAAAGAGCAAGCAAGGUAUCUUCUGAGGAUGGUGAAGAAGCCUCUGCUUAUUUUUAUGAAAGUGAUGACUCUGUUGAAACAAGAAUAAAGACCCCUUACUCAGGUGAAAUGGACUUACUAGGAGAGAUCCUCGAUACAUUGAGCACACACAGCUCAGAUCAAGGAAAGCUGGCAGCUGCAAAGAGCUUGGAUUUCUUCAGAUCAAUGGAUGAUAUUGAUUACAAGCCUACGAAUAAAUCCAAUGCUCCGAGUGAGAAUAACCUGGCCCUCCUCUGUGGUGGUUCUGGUGAUCAGGCGGAGUGGAACCUCGGGCAGGACGACAGUGCCCUUCAUGGCAAACACCUCCCUCCAUCUCCCAGGAAACGGGUUUCCUCUAGCGGCUUAACAGAUUCUCUCUUUAUCCUGGAAGAGGAAAAUAGCGAAAAACACCUCAGCGAUGACAGUGUGGGUGGCCCUACUGCGAUGGAUAAACCAGCCCCAACAUCAGGAUUGGAUUUCUCACUGGCAUUCCCCGAAGUCUCCCAAACUGAUGAAGGAAAAACGGACAAGAAGGAAACACUAAGCCAGAUCUCAGAUGAUCUGCUUACAUCCAGCCCUGAGCGACAUUCAUCUACUUUUGUUCCAUGGGAAAAAGAAGGGAAAGAGGCCAAAGAGACUUCAGAAGAUAUAGGACUGCUCCAUGAAGUAGUGUCAUUAUGUCAUUUGUCAUCUGACUUCCAACAGAGCUUAAACAUUUCAGAAGAAAACGCAAGCGGAAACCAAGCCUAAAUCUUGCAUACAGGAUUCUAUGGAGACAUUUUGGGAGUUCAUGCAAUCUGUAUAAUAAACAUUUGUAGGAAUGAAAAUUCUUACUACUAUUUAAUUUUUUUUUUUCCACUGGGAACAUAUAUUUCCCGCACUUGUUCAUUUUAUGGAUAUAUGUUACCCAUUGAUUUUUAAAUAUAAAGCAAAUUACUCUACUGUGCUCUUAAAUCAGGUACUAGUAUGGAUGUACACAUGUGUACUGAACAUAUGAUUUCCUAGUAUUUGGUGCUUACUGCCAUUCAUUUUAUUUAAACCUAGGUAUGCAUAUAUAACCCAUGCACAUAACCAGUCGCUACUCUACUAAUCUGGUUGAGCAUGAACUGAUCAAAAUAUCAAAACUAGCCUGAAACUGAUAAAACUGUUAUCCCACUAAUUGCCUUAAUCUUAAAGCUGUAUUAAGCAUACUUAAAUAAUUUAUGAAAUUACAUGUAAAGUUUGGAGGAUAAGUUAUUGGUGUUCAGAGCAAUAAUGCCUUUUUUCUAGUCAUCAAAUCAAGGUCAAAAUUCAUUUUUUUCAAAAUUAAAAAGCUCUUUUCUAGAAAUACUUUGAUUAUGUAAGGGCAUUGCAGCCAUGUUUUCAAAAAAGUAUAAAGGUAUACAUUUGCCUUUUAUUCAGUGAUAUAUGAAGUGCUGAAUUCUAAUGUGAAGUUAAUGACUUCAGUUUACAAGUGAGACACUGUAGAAAUGUUCCGUCUCUCUGUAUGCCUUUGCUGUCUAGGGGUCCGCCCUGAGAAAGCCAAAUGCAACAUAAACUAUCCUGAUGAAAUUAUUUUUCUGUUUUUUCUGAACUAAUAAUUCUCUAUCAAAAUGCUUAAUAUAAUCAUCUCAAAUUUCCUUUUUUAAAAAAUUGAUAUUGUAAUUUAGAAGUUUUCAAUUCACAAAAAGUAACAAAGAUAUUAAUAGUACCUGGAGUUCCCAUACAUCCCUGUUACUUCUCCAUUAACAUUGUACCUUUGUAUGGUACGUUAGUUGUAAUUAAUGAACCAGUAUUGAUGAUAGCUCAUAUAUUAGCCACAGUUUCUUAGUUUUCCCUAAUGGCUGUGUUCUGUUCCGAGACCCUCUCCAGGACGCCACCUUACACUUAGCUGUCACGUUUCCUCAGGCUCCUCUUGGUUGUGGAAGUUUCUUUAGCCUUUCCUUGAUUUUAAUGGCCUUGACAGUUUUAAAGAGUACUGUCGUAUAUUUUGUGUGGUGCCCCCUUCAUGGAAUCUUUCUGAUAUUUUUCUCUUGAAUACACUGGGAUUGUGGGUUUUAAGGAGGAAGAUCAGAGAAGCAAAGUGCCAUUUACAUAAUGUCCUAUCAACUGUAUGUACUGUCAGCGUGAUUUGUGAAUAUGAUGUUGACCAUGAUAGACCUGGCUAAGGUAGUGCUGGUCAGGAUUUUCCACUCUAAAGUUACCCUCCCUCUCACACUUCUAUACUGUAGUUUUCAGAAGGAAGUCACUAUAAGCAGCCCACACCUAGGGAAUAUUUUCCCUUCCUUUAGGGCAGAGGAGGAUCUAUGUGAAUUAUUUGGAAUUGUCCUUCAUUGAAAAUUUGUCUCCGCUUUCUCAAAUUCACCAUAAACUUUGGAAUUCAUUGGAGAAGGAAUCAUGUACAGACUGCUUCAUGGUAAAGUAGACUGACAGGUAGAAUUAGGAAAAAAGCAAUGAUGUUAAUAGUUAAUUUGUUAAUAUAUUAUCAGCAUAUCUACUCUAUAUACCCAUCAUAAUUUUUUUUAAGUUGUCUUUUUAGAAAAGAUGUUUGAGAAACUAUUUAAGGGCCUCCAAAAGGCUGUAUUCACUCUAAAAUAUUUGCUCAAAGAAUAUAAUUGCAUUUAAAAUCCUAGAAGGGGGUUUAUUGAAAACAUAGCUUAAAAAUAUUCAGGUCAGUCUUUAAAUAAUUUAAAGAAAAUGACUAAGUUUUUCUCAAACUACAUUUCAAAGUCUAAAUAAAUAUGUUUUAUUUGAGACAGUUUUUCAUUUCAUGCAGGAUAAUUCCAAAUAAUUUAUGUAGAUCCUCCCAAUUAUAAAGAAAACGAGUCUUAUUUUCUUUAUGAGGGUGGACUCUGUACAUAUUAAGUAAAAAAAAUGUUUAAUCCUUACUUUUUUAGUGUUGAAGACUCAAAGUUCUUGUCAAAUUUCACCUUAUAUGAUUAUUACAAAAGUCCAAUUUACUUCUCUGAAAUAUACAUGUAUAAUAGAAUAUAGUCUUUAUAUCAAAAGGACUAUUUUAAAUGAGAAGGAAAAAAGGUUACUCUGGUUGUUAAUCUGCUUGACAAAUAUUCUUCAUAAUUUUUGAAAACAAUGUAAUACAGCCUUUUAAUAUAAAUUUGGAAAUGAAGUACUUUUUUUUUUUCUUUUCUUUUUAGAAUUCACAGUCUGGAGAAUGAGAUAACCAUGAGUGUAGCAGAGGCCAAACUUGAAUUUUAGUCCAUUUAGGUAAUAAACAUAUGGCCUCAGAAAUCUAAAUUAUUUUUCUAUCUUUGUCGCCUCACAAGAUGUUUGGCUGUAAUACUAUGUUUUUCUGAGGAUUUUUAGCCACUUACAAAUAACAUAAUUAUUGUCUCAAGGUAUUUUAAAGUGAUUUGUGCCUUAUUUUAACAUGCAAAAUUUGCUUUUAUUCCAUGAUAAAAACAGAAAAGCAAAAACUCUACAUAUUAUACUUGGAAAAAAAUCCAGAAUACUACUAGUCAGUAUUGAUAUAUCAAAUCAUUCAAAUUUUGAGUAUCCAAUGUCUGCUCUCACACCAGACUUCCCAGUAUUAUGGUGGGUAUAGUUGAGAAUGAAGUGAAAUUAGGGUAAGUUCUGUUAUCUUAUUUUCUACAGUGCCCAUAUUUUCUAUUGUAACUAAACCAAAUGUGUAAAAACUCCUCUGGUAUUUGGUAUACCCAUUCUGCAGAAGAAUUUUAUAAACCAAUAAGAAUUUGGGCUUUGGUACAUAGUCUUUUGUAUGGCGUCUAAACUGUCACGAUUCUUCCUGAAUCUCACUCUCACUUUAUCCUUUUGCCAUUAGAUGUUGCAUCUGUGAUAUUUCAAGGGAAUAUAGGAAAGUAGUGUAUGAAUUUAGGAGAUAUUGUUUUGUUAAGUUACAAUGUUGCUAGAUGGUUUGAUGUCUUAUAAAGGCACCAAAUAUAGGAUGAUUUUUUUUCCGAUUAAAAAUUACUAACUCAUUCAUUUAGAAAAUAUUUAUUGACUUUUUUGUACCAGUCUUAUGCAAGGUACAGUAAUUGAGAAAGUGAGGAAAUAAAAUAAUUGACAAAGUCCCUGCCCUAAAGAAACCAAUUAAAGGAAAGGGAAUUUUAAAUCUGUUAAUAAUAGUAACAGCAGCAGCAGCAGCAGCAGCAGCAGCAUACUUUGGUUAGAAGUUAUUAGCCCAAGAUUCUAAUACCAGGAAAAAAAGUUGUUGUUAUGUUUGUUGUUUUUAAUGGCUGCUUAAUCUAAAGCAUGGUCUGAAGACAUAAUACUGGUUCUAAUUUCAUUAACUUUCUCAACUGUUAUGCUAAGUAUAAUUAUGCUGCUAAGAUAUCCACUUUUAAAGGACAGAGUCAGGUACUGUUGUAGAAGCUGAGUGUCCUUGUUUAUCUGAAAAUCUACCGGGUCACCAGACAGCACAGGGCUCUCUCUAAUGGAAUGAUACUCUUUUGCACCAUUUAGGGCCCUUUUACUCAGUUUAGGAAUAACUAAGGAUGUGGAUACAUGUUAAUGGGAGUCUGACUUUUACUAUUCUUGAUCUUAAUAAUAGCAUUCUCUAGAAAGAGUUCCUCCCUUUUAAAUUAAAACUAUGCGACAGUGUCGUAAUUAGUAUUCUGUGUUAGUAUCCUAAUGAUAGAAUUCAGGAAUGCUAAUGAAUUAGUUUUUUCUUAAAUAAGGUGAAGAAGUAAACUCCUGAUGAAGAGGAGAAAACUGAAUAUUCUCACAAUCAGUAGACCUUCAUUCUGACCUAAAAAAUUUGAAUUUUUCAGGAAGGUAUUAAUUAUUUUCAUGAAUAAAUUUUCUAAUGAGAAUUCUAUUUUGUUUGGUAUGCAUAAAAAAACAGAAUCUGAGAAGAUACUUGUAAAUCAGAAUAUUUAAGGACAUAAAUUGAAUCCCCAAAUCUGAUUUCUUCUAAGCACCUCUUAAUAUUAAGAAAUGAUUUUUACAAAUCUCAUAUCAGUUCUAGUAUCUGUCCUUUGUCAAGCCCAGUGAUACUGUUAGUGUAUGUUUCUUAAAGCUUAUGUAACAGGCAGAAUGGUUUUGAGCAAACCAGUUCACCUUAUGAUUGUUGGAAAAAAUAAGGAAUUAUGUACAUUUAGAAACAUUUUAUUUUGAAAAUAAUAGGAUUUUGUGCAAUAUUUUUUCUUGCAUAAUUUAGUUCAUAUAAAUAUGCACAUCUGCUUUUGUUGCAGAUGCCUUAAGGUCAUGUUUUUCAGUAUUUGUGUAAAACUGUGUGUAGCAAUGUUCUUUGUGAUUGUGAUUUUAGAAAAAAUUUCUUUAUAUUGUUGGCAGAAGAAAUGUUUUUAUUUAAAGUAAUUAUGGAUAUUGUGUUGUUAUAUCAUAACUAACUGCCUCAGCAACAAUAAAUAUGCAAUAAGAAAAUCCUGUACCUUAGAUUAGUAUUGAAAAUACUGUUACUUUAAAAGAAAUAUAUAUGGUACAAAUUGCUGAUUCUACACAUACAUGUGUACACUUAACAGCUACUCAGUUCUGCACUAUAUAAAUCAAAAUAGCAUUUGUAAGGUGAUAAAAACAUACAUAGAUUGUAAUAUUCUUUGUUAUGAAUCUUUGCUAGGAUUUAUAAAGGGCAUUGCCAACACUUUUUGACUGUAAAUUAAGUUAAUUUUUUGUAUGAUGUACAGUUUGGUUAACCUUAGAGCUUCUAUAGAUUUCUACUUUUAUUGUACUUGAAUGAGGCAGAAAACACUGUGGAAAAUCUGUAGCUUGGAUGCAAUAUGCAAGCAUACCAAAAAAAAUAAAUAAAGCAAGGUUACUGAA